UUUUCUGGCUAGCCGGAAUAGUCGGAGAUCGAUGUGAUAAGUAAUUCGACACUAUAUUAUUAGCCAAUGGUCUUUUGCAUAGGUUUUACUGUAUCAUCUCUGGUCAGCCUGUAUAGCCGGAACCGGAUUCCGGCUAGCCGGAGUAGACGAAAAUGAAUUCCGGCUGUCCCGGCUAUACACGCUUCAUGUAAAAGUGCACGUUUUAAUUUCAAUUUGUAAUAAACAGGAGUAGUACGUUAACCCUUUGAGGAUAUAAUUAUAAUGUUGACAUUAUGAAUACUCUAAAUUAGAAAACCCGUGAGACCACACAUGUGCGCGUUCAUUUUUAGUAUGCCACCAUGAUGAAGUAAUAAUUUUAAAUCCUAUACUUGUAUUAAUGAAACUAUUCUUUGUUUGUUUUAUUACAGCUUUGAGCAACAAAUUUGAGCGGCAGACGUCUACAGGAUGUCCAAUAGAUUUUAUAAAACACGAAAAUUCCUGUUACCACAUCUUCGCUACACCCACUUUAAAAUGGUGGGAAGCCAUGGCAUACUGUCAAAUAUAUGGUGGCGGAGCGGGAACACUGGCUACGGUGGAGUCCGAAUCGGAACAGCUGUUCCUUGAAAAUGAAAUGAAGAAAGCAUUCCCAAACUCUUCCCGAAGACACUAUUGGCUGGGGGCUAAUGAUGUGACGCAUGAGGACACGUGGGUUUGGAUAAAGAAAGACGAGUAUGUUCAAGAAUACACUCCUUGGGCACCGGGCGAACCAAACAACGAAGGUAAAUCUGAAAAUUGCCUGGGAUUAUAUGAUCGUUAUCAGUAUAAAUGGAAUGAUGCGCCGUGCAAUGAACAACAGGGCUUCAUUUGUGAACUUCCGUAAAAUAAACAACUUUUUCUUCAACAUUUAUUUAAUUCAUAAAACAGGUGUUUGUGAACGUGUACUCACUUGCGUUUUUGUGCGUGUGUGUCAUUGAGUUUAGACACUUCUUUUAUGUAACACUUGUUAAACUCUUCAAAUCCAUUUCAGUUGAAAAUAUUUCAACAUUUCAGUUAAAGCGGCCUUCAGCUUUUUUUGUUGGAAAAACAAUUCUGUGUUGUUUCAAAUUAAGUUUUUCAAUAAUUUUAUCUUAGAAAAGUGCAUCUUAUCACUUUUAAGCCUUCUUCAAAACAGUAUCCAGAGAGCUAUUUGUGACGUGUCAGUGACGUCUGAGAUCGGAAUCAAAGUGCUGAAGGCACUGCAGUUGGGACGUACCUGAAGGAUCAAAAUUUCCAUUUUUUACUAUUUCAAGGACAAAAGUGUAAAGGACGGAGGUUUUCUUAAGUUCACAAUGUGUUUUUUUUUCUUUAAUCAUCUAAAAUCUCAAAAACACCAUUAGAAACAUAUUUUCCUCCCAUAAGCAACCUUUUUACCCACAAGUACAAUUUAGUCUGUAUGGAAUGAACACGGAUAUUUAUCUAUAAUAUUACUUGAGUCCAUACAGACAGAUGGUUAAGACCGCAACUGUAUUCUCUCCCUUUUUGGGAGCAUAAAUUAUAAUAACAUGCUAAAUCUCCAUAUGGUUCUAUAUCAGAUACCAGUAUGAUGAACCUUGCUUUUGUACCUUUUGAGUAAUAUCAGAAUUCAGAUUUCAUUGACAUACAGGAGGGGUCAGCCUUUAGUCCCCUCUUGGUGAAAACAGAAGGGGGCUAAUAACAACAAUUUAUUCUAGUUUCAAUUCUCAGGUUUAUUACUUUUCAUUAAACUAGACAAGCUAAGAUACAUGUUAUAACUUAUGAAGUAUGCUAGCUCUGAAUGUAUUUACACAACAUUGCUAAACAUUACACAAUAUUUUAAUAAAUUUUAGAAUGUGCAGUCAUAUGUUACACAAGUCCCAGGAGCUUCAGUUCAUGGAAACUUUUGUAGAAAUCAGUCAAAACAUCACCAUUGAUUUAAUUUAUCACUGCUGGGUAAGUGUGAUGGUUUUGUUUGAAGCCAAAACAACUAGAUUUAACAUUAUCCUUCAACACAAUGUUCAUGACUGGCCCUUUACUAUUGACAGGGAAUUCAACUGAAGUGCUAACUCAGACUACCCCUCUAAAAUAGUCCAACUAGUCCUAAGUGUUCAUGGUGGCUAUACAUUUAUGAUCACUAUAUCUGGAAACUGGAGAUUCCCACAGACUGUGAUGCUUAUCUUCAUUUGCUUGACAGUGACGCAUGUCCACCUUAAAAAAAUGCAUUAACAAUUAUAUGAAGUGCAAUAAUUUGCCCCCCAAAAAAUGCUUAUCUUAUUUGUCUCUUCUUACAUUUAUAAUGCAGAGCAUUAGAUUUAUGUGUCUGUCAUACAAAAUGACUUUCAAUAACACUAUUUAAAUAUAUUUGAAAUACAAUUUCUUUAAUAAAUACUCAUAGUAAUACUAAAUUCCUUUUUUGUAAUAUUUUUUCUGUCACAUAUGUUCAGACAUUAUACAAUUUAUUUGUUUAGUCCGCAUACAAAUUAAAGGUAUAAUUAUUUAUUGGCUACAAAUAAAUGUAAAUAGUGGUUAGUUUAAUAACCAAUAUAUAUGUUUCAAAGAUUAUCCCUUCAAACUUUAAAAACAGCCUGUCAAUUACGCAGAUCUUAGCAAUUGAGGCACACUAAGCAGAAAAAUUGUCAAUCAAAGGGUAGGGAAACAUUUUUAUACAUAUUUAAAUCAUUUGGUUGAGAAACAAUCAUUUCACAGCUGUGCUUUGCUAUUGAAUAUUUUUUUUUCAAUCUUGAAUAAUUAUAAGGUAAACAAUGUUCAUAAGGAUGAACUGUAUUGUAAAUUUUGCAUACAUAUUGAGGUCUUGUUCAUAGCAACAAUGACUGUAUUGUAAAUUUUGCAGUUCCUUGUAAUGCCCUUUAGGAUUGAUUUGUACCACCCUAAAACACCAUACUAUGAUAUUUCAUGUAAGUGAUCAUUUUCAGCAAGGGAAAAAGACUGUCAUAGGCAGUAUCCUAAUGCCAGUUGACAGAAAUGUUUAAAGUAUGUUCUUAACUAACACUAUAAUAAACUGUGAUAUGCACUGACACUCUUUUAUUUUAGGCUGUACUGUAUAUGAACUAGUCUUGGACUAUUUCAGUAUGUAGAUUAGAAAUGCAAACUAAACAAUUUCCUAGACAUUUUGGGAAAAACUUUCUAGCACAGGUUAGGAAAUUUUGCAUCUUGAUUGGGAAAAAUAUUCAGUACCAUGUACAAAGUUGUCAAUCCAACAAAUUAAAUAUCAUUCAAAGCAUAAAAAACAUAAACAAUUGCAAUGAAAUGUGUUUUUGAACAUCAUCUGUCUGGUACCAUAUUGGAUUGGAAUGGAAUGAAGAAAAAUUGUCAGCUUUGAUAACGGGAAUUUUGACUCGAUAAUGAUUUUUUUCUACACUUGAAAAAAAAUAAGCAUAUUUGGCAUUAUUUGCCACUGGGAAUGGGUCUGGUAAUCUGGCCCGUGGUGACACUGGUAAAAAGGCAUAUGUUUUUAUGAAUAAUUUUUGGAAAUCAUUUUGAUUUGUGAAAUAUACAUCAAAUAUUAUACAAGUACCUGUUGUUUGUGAUAAUCUUCUUGUCUUUCUUUAAUCUUAUACUUUUUUCUAGCUACAUGUACCAGCCUUUCCAAGUGUAUAUGGGAGUAAAUGAUCUUUUAUUUCCCUGAAAAUAUCAAUUAAGAGAUUUCAUCUUCAAAAUUAUCUAAUACUACUCUUAGUGUGUGUAUAUACAAAGUAUAUAUAUGUGUACACCAUGAUAUGAUUGUGUAAAGCAUGUAAUGACAAAAACUUUGACAAUUUAUGAUAAUAAUAUUUCUUCAUAUUACUCUACAAUAUUAUCACUUAAAUAGAAAAUGUUCUUAUUCAUUUUAGUAUGAUAUUUAUUUAUUACAUGUAUAUUUGUGAAUAAAAUGUGAAUAUCAGUUUUAUCAAAAAUUGUUUAAUGUCUAAUUAACACUGAUUAAAUUACUUCAACAAUGUAGUGAGAACAGAUAUAGAUCAUUUCCAACA